AUGCAUUCACAGAAGCAAUGUAUUCGACUUGGCCGCGUGGUUCAACUGAACUAUCCGCGACACUGUCUGAGACUCUUGGCGGGAGCACUGAGAUAUUUGUUCAGCAAGAAAACCUUGAAAGUUCUGGAGCAAAAAAAGAUCAUGCGAGCAAAGCGGAUGGACAGUGCCAAUGGAAGGGACGAUCUAAUUGAGCCCGUUGUCAAGGCGAAAGAAAGGGCGGAACUGACUUUUGACUACGUGCUUGCUGCCGUAAACGGCCUGAUUGUUGCCGGGGCGGAAACUACGUCACUGGCUCUAUCAUCAUUCGCCUAUUAUAUGGAAUCGUUGAGGAUCUACCCGGCUGCCCCAAUAGGGUUCCCGCGGACAAUACCAAAGGGAGUGAGAACCAUCACAGGAAGGUAUAUACCCGAGGAUCUAGAAUCAAACUUCAAGCUGCCUUUAGCCAAGACCAUUGUUUUAGUUAAUGGAUUCAUUAUCACGCAUUUGAGCGAACAUUUCCAAAAACCGUUCAAGUUACAGAAAUAUCGGGGGACGCAUAUCUGUCAGAAGGGAGGUUUAGCGGUUUUAGCUAUGUGUUCCUUUUACGACUCUUACGCUUUCAAAUUCGUUAUUCACAACCAAGGCAGGCAAUGA